AAUCCUCAUUUUUCAUUGGUUGGCAGCUGUCACACCUACGAUUUUAUAGGAACUUAAGAAGCGCAUGUCAAGGUGUCAUUUGGAAUGGAAUCAACAAGAAAUGCCAUACGGAUGUUUGGAUAUGGUAUUAGGUUAAAAAGCAAGUCUCUGAUACUAAACAGUCGAGCGACCACUGCAUCCCUUGCUGCUACCCGAGAACUACUUGACAAACAAUUACAGGACAUCCGCGAUGCCGGAACGUGGAAAGCAGAACGGAUUAUCACGUCGGCCCAGGGAGCAAACAUCAAUGUUAAAGGGCAGACAACUAACAUACUCAACUUCUGUGCCAACAACUAUCUUGGAUUAUCGAGUCAUCCUGAGGUGAUCGAAGCAGGCAAAAAGGCUUUGACUUCCCAUGGUGCAGGUCUUAGCUCUGUACGCUUCAUUUGUGGAACUCAGGAUAUUCACAAGGCUUUAGAAGAGAAGAUAGCUAAAUUCCAUGGUCGAGAAGAAGCAAUACUGUAUGCCAGUUGUUUUGAUGCAAACGCUGGGAUAUUUGAAGUUCUUCUGUCACCGGACGAUGCCGCUCUGUCUGAUGAACUCAACCAUGCAUCCAUCAUCGACGGACUGCGGCUGUGCAAGGCUCAGAAACACAGAUAUAAGAACAGCGACAUGAGCAACUUGGAGUCUAUGUUAAAUGACACCCAGAAUCUCCGACAGAGGUUGAUAAUCAGUGAUGGAGUUUUCAGCAUGGAUGGCAAUGUUGCGAAACUGAAUGAUAUUUGUAAACUGGCAGAUAAAUACAAUGCGAUGGUCUUUCUCGAUGAAUGUCAUGCCACUGGGUUCUUUGGAGCAACGGGCAGAGGCACUGAGGAGCAUUUUGGACUGGAUGGAAAAGUGGAUAUAAUAAACUCGACCCUUGGAAAAGCUCUUGGUGGAGCAGCAGGUGGAUACACGGUCGGACCCAAGCAACUGAUUGAUUUGUUACGACAGAGGUCACGACCGUAUCUGUUCUCAAACACACUUCCUCCACCUGUUGUGGCGUGUGCCAGUAAGGCACUUGAUUUAAUAAUGAGCAACAAGGACCUGCCACAACGUGUGGUGACCAACACUCGGAGAUUCAGAACAAGGAUGGUCGAUGCUGGCUUCACAAUCUCGGGAGACCCAGAACACCCGAUCUGUCCAGUAAUGCUUGGUGAUGCUCGACUUGCUAGCACCUUCGCUGAUCAGAUGUUGGAACGUGGAAUCUACGUAAUUGGCUUCAGCUUUCCAGUGGUUCCAAAAGGAAAGGCAAGGAUACGAGUACAAAUUUCAGCGUCUCACAGUGAGAAAGAUAUUGAUCGAGCUGUUGAUGCAUUCAUCGAGAUAGGAAGAAAACUCAAAGUGAUAUCUUAAAUAUGAAUUAUACAGGAAGAUAAUAGAGUUACAACUUAAUUAUGAACUGGAAGGCAUGUCCUCAUUGAAAUAGGUAGAAAACAGAAAGUUUUAUCUUAAAUAUGAAUUGUGAAGCAAGUCUUCAUCAGAAAACUUAAAAUUUUAUGUUCAGUGAGAAUUAUGAGGGCAUGUUUAAUGAAAAUAGGAAUAAAACUUAAAAGUUAUAUACAAAUUGUGAAGCAUGUACAGGGCAUAUUAUUUCAUGGGUAUCAUUAUUUUGUUUGAGUGUCAGUUAUGCACCUUCAAAUUCAGAUGAACUGCUAAUGGCUAUGUUCUAAAAUUUAAAAUAUAAAAUUUCUGUGAUGAUUAAUUAAACAACGAUAUAGGACAACAACUUGUACAUAUACUACUUAUUAUGCAUUCUUAUAAUUAAUUAAAUAUUGAAAUAGGAUAAAAACUGUUAUUUGUAUCUUAAAUAUUGAGGUGAUCAUAGUUUGGGCUGUUCUCUAAGUGAUUGCUUUGGAGAGGGGAUGUCAAGUUUUCCCCAGUAUUCAUUAGCUGUAGCAUGUAUACAUUUGAUACAAACACACACUAUGAAAAAAAAGGUUGAUUUUCUCCACACACAUUUUGUAAUCAUUUCUGGAAUAGUGCUUAAAGUGAUGGACCCUAGUUUUUUAACACUAUGACGUAUUUGUUUUACUAUUAGAGCCGUUUUUGACAUUAGAAAUUAAACAUUACUUACACUUUGUUUAGAUUAUCCAUUUCCGAACAUCCAAAGUGUUUCUGGUCAUUCCGGUGUUUGUAAUACCACGAAAAGCAUAUUGUAUCAUUCUAAUAACACACGUAUCUCUGAGAAGUAAUGGUUAUGGAUCUAGUCUAUAAUAGACUAUUUCCCAGUCGAUGUCACAGACUCUCAUUUUACUCUUUUGUCAUUUUAUUCAUGUGUUACAGAUUUGUAGAUUAAUAAAACUUUGUGUCCAUUUUCAUGGGUUGGAAUUAGGAUCUGUGACUUUUAAUUUUUUUUUAAUUUUGCAGCAUUAUGUGUACAUUGAUUUAAAAUGUCAAACUCAAUAUUUCAAGGAUCAACAUUUUAUUCACUUAAUCAAAUUUAUUCCUAUGUGUCAAUCAUGUACUUUAUCAGUGACGUGACAAUUUUUGGGAUAUUUAUAACAGAUAAUUAUUAUACAUUCCAUGUUUACAUUUUUUGAAAAAUAUUUUUAUUCUUUUUUGUGAUAUCACCGAUAUUGGUGUUGGUGUAUUUUCUAUACAUAUAUAGAGCUGUGGGAAUCUCAGAUUUUAUUACAUAUAAGAAGUUUUGUUUGUAUUAUAAAUAAAAAACAAAGCAAAAAGCAACAUUCUAAAUGGUGAAAGAAACCGGUUUAAAUAGCUUUCUUAUCUAUGGGAGACUAGAAUCUCACAAACAGAAAUCUCUUUUCCUUGUAGCAUAGACUAUAUUUUUUAAAGGUACAGUGAAACCUCUCAAAACCGGACACGCUGUAAACUGGAAUUCCUUCCAAACCGGAUGUUUUUUGCAGCCCUUUUAAAAUAUCUCUACAGAAGAGAACCUCUCUAAACUGGAUACCUUUUAAUACAGGAUGUUUUGCUUAGUCCCGAGGGUGUCUGCUUUAGAGGAGGUUCACUGUAUAUAUAUAUAUAUAUACAAAUGGGGCUGCAGAUUAUGAUGAAUUUACAUGGUGGAUAGUGGUGAAGCAGAAGUAUUUUACAUCUUUUGUUGUUGUCGAUUGUCAGUAAUUAGUAUUUCAUACAUGGAAAGUCCAUGUACAUUCAUUGAUGUACCUUUGUGAAAAUGCUGCCAGGGAUGAGUUUCCAGUUUCCAGUUUCCAAUCUGAUUUUGGCAUUUUUGCAUAAAGUAAUUUUCAGUAAAUAGAUGUACCUUUGAUCUAAAAUGUUGAAACAUGACACUUUUUGCAAUAUGGUAUAGUUUUUUUUUAAACCUUUUAAAGAUCAAUUCAACAUGUGCCGUAUUUUUCCACCUAUAAUUAUGAAUGGAUCAGCAUUUUUUGCCGUUUCUGAGAACACCUAUAACUGCCUCAUUGAAAAUUAGAUGGAUCGAUCUCAUCUAGUCUUCUAUAAAAUGUUGGCUGAAGUGUUAUCAAGUUGAUGCUCUUACAGUAUUCACCAAAAUAUCAUCUACAUUUAAUAUUGUAAUCAUAGGAUUAGUGGUUUUUAUUUGGCCAUCCUGUUCAAUGCAGAAGGCAAAAUAAAUAUUGUCUUAUAUUCCAUGUGUGGCAGGGUGGGUACAUAAAGCUGAGAAUUGGGGUCAAAGAUCUGAUAUAUGAGGAGACUGUUAAUGUCACUAUUUGUUGCAUUUGUGUAUGAUUCCAUACCUAACAGUUUACAAUAUCGAAUUGUUUAGUAUUGUGGCAGUGUAACCAUCAGCUGUAAUAAAUUUACUUUUCAUAUC